UAUGCCAAUUUUUCUUUUUAAAUCACACCUGCUGGAGCUUCAUUAUGCAAUCCAAAUUUCCGAGCUCUAAAAGGGGUUAUUCACUCUAAGUGUACAGUGAAUAAGUACAGUGACAGGACUGCCCCCCCUACCCCGCCCCCGCCAAUCCAACCAUUUCUGUGUGUGUGUGUGUUUAAGUAUUACAGAAGUGGCAGUCUGUCAACUCCGCUUUCCUCUGCGCUCGCUGGAACAAUGGCUGGAUUGGCCGUGUGUGUGACACGCAGACCACACACUGCUAAUAGUGAGUGACAGCACAAAGGGCUAAAAGCGGCGCGCACCCCCUGACGCACAACGUGUACAGUAUGCACACCUGAGGACACAAAGGGAUGUCUUCCAAGCGACCAGCCUCUCCAUAUGGGGGGACAGAUGGAGAGGUAACCAUAGCAACCAGCAGACAGCGAGUGGAGGAUGAGGAGAGCGAGGGACUGGGUGGUGUGAUCCACCUCCCCCUGGCGUCCUACUGCAACAAGGUGUCCCCGCGCUCGCCCCCUUUUCGGACCUUGGACAGCCCCCCCAACAACACGGAUCUGGACGGCUCGAAGGGGAACUCCCUGAGCCCUUACCCCCUGCACAAUGCUACCUCACCGGGCAAAGACGAAGGCAGCGCCGGGGGUCGGCCGUGCGGCGACGGCGGCGCGGCGGCGGGCGCUCUGGGAACUCCGGAGAGACGCAAAGGGAGCCUGGCGGACGUGGUGGACACACUGAAACAACGUAAGAUGGAGGAACUGAUCAAGAAUGAACCGGAAGAAGCUCCCAGCAUCGAGAGGCUGCUGUCAAAGGAGUGGAAGGACAAACUUUUGGCCAUGGGCUCAGGGCACAUCGGCGAAAUUAAAGGUACACCGGACAGCCUAGCGGAGAAAGAGCGCCAACUCAUGGGCAUGAUCGGCCAGCUGAGCAGCCUGAGGGAGCAGCUCCUGGCGGCCCACGAGGAGCAGAAGAAGCUGGCCGCCUCGCAGAUGGAGAAACAGAGGCAGCAGAUGGAGCUGGCCAAGCAACAGCAGGACCAGAUUGCCCGGCAACAACAGCAGCUCCUGCAGCAGCAGCACAAAAUCAACCUCCUGCAGCAGCAAAUCCAGCAGGUCCAGGGCCAACUCCCGCCACUGAUGAUUCCCGUCUUUCCCCCGGACCAGAGGACCCUGGCGGCAGCGGCGGCCCAGCAGGGCUUCCUCAUGCCGCCGGGCUUCAACUACAAACCGGGCUGCAGUGACCCCUACCCACUCCAGCUCAUCCCCACCACAAUGGCCGCGGCUGCCGCCGCCACACCCGGUCUCGGACCCCUUCAGCUCCAGCAGUUGUACGCAGCUCAGCUGGCGGCCAUGCAGGUCUCCCCCGGGGCCAAGCAGCACGGCCUAGCGUCCCAAGCCAACCUGGGCACGCACUCCCCGCCCACCAACACACACGCGCAGAGCGACAAGGCCCGCAGCUCCCCGCAGCCAAACAAGACCAAGGACAGUGAGGGUGCACAGCCACUGAACCUGUCGGCCAAGCCUAAGGCAUCCGAGAGCAAGUCACCCAACUCCCCCCCAACUUCCCCACAGGUCCAUGCUGCCGCUGCCGCCGCCGCAAAGCUGGGCCCCGCCGGCUCCAUGAAGCACAGUGUCGCCCCCUCCAGCAUUGGAGGACCUCCGGCCAGAGUCAGCUCAAUAGCAGACUUGCUGUCGUCGCUGUCUUCGGGAGCCUACCUGAAUGACCACGAGGCCGUAACCAAGGCCUUUGCCGAGGCCCGCCAGAUGAAGGAGCAGCUCAAGCGGGAGCAGCAGGUGCUCGACGCCAAGGUGGCGGCCGUCAGCAGCCUCGGACUCAACAACGGACGCUCCGAUAAGGACAAGGCGGCCUUGGAGAGUCUGAGCCAACAGCUGAAGCAGCAGGCCGAGGACAAGUUCAGCCACGCCAUGCUGGACUUCACCAUGAGCGGCGACUCUGAUGGCUCCCCGAGCGUGUCCGACUCUCGGAUAUUCCGCGAGGCCCGGGGUCGUGGCAGCAGCGAGCCUCACAUCAAGCGGCCCAUGAAUGCGUUCAUGGUGUGGGCAAAGGACGAGCGGAGGAAGAUUCUGCAAGCCUUUCCCGACAUGCACAACUCCAACAUCAGCAAAAUCCUCGGCUCGCGCUGGAAAGCCAUGACCAACCUGGAGAAGCAGCCGUACUACGAGGAGCAGGCGCGCCUCAGCAAGCAGCAUCUGGAGAAGUACCCGGACUACAAGUACAAGCCGCGGCCCAAGCGCACGUGCCUGGUGGACGGCAAGAAGCUGCGCAUUGGCGAGUACAAGGCCAUCAUGCGCUCCCGGCGACAGGAAAUGAGGCAAUACUUCAGUGUGGGGCAGCAGAGUCAACUGCCCCUGUCGUCGGCGGGCGUGGUCUACCCAGGCGCCCUCUCCAUGGCAGGCAUGCCAUCGCCCCAGAUGCCCUCGGAGCACUCUAGCAUGUCGAGCAGCCCCGAGCCCAACGCCAACCACCACCAGCACCACCUCCACUCCUCGUCGCACCUGGGCGGCCUGAAGGGCGACGAGCCUCGCGUCAAGGAGGAGGAGCUGCGGCUGGACGACAGCAACGGAGACGUUUACGACGACUUCGACUACGAGGACGAGGAGGCCGACUACGCCAGCGACAGUGAGAAUCACAUCGCCCAAUAGGAUGAGCCCUGUCAAAAAAAAAUAUAUCGCCCUUUUGACAUCCUUACGUCCUCCCCCCGCGGACUCCUCGCAGAGCCUAAAGCCCCUCCCAUUUAAAAGUCCCGAUACCAGCAUCUGACCAAUCAGCUGAAGCGAAGGACUGUCACCCACACUGACUGUUACACAAUCUGGGAGGAAGACAAAGCCAGCCAGCCCGACACUUUGAAGAACGUCACUCCGGCGGGGGGGCGAGAGAGAAGAAAAAAAAACAAAAGCGACCUUUUAAAGAGUUUGUACACCAGAAAAGUUGCAAAACAGCGGACCUGUCACAGGCCAAAACAGAUGACACUUUAAAUACGGUGGACCUUUUUAAAGCGAGAGAAAAAAAAAAAAAAAGAAAAACAGCUUUUUUUUUUCCUGUUCUCGGUUCUAUAAUAUUCUCACUCAGGUACACGGUGCCAAUAAGUGGCUUGUGAAUGUGAUUUGUUGUUUUUUUUUGUGCUAAGUUUGAAGAAUAAUAGAAAAAGAGACAUUUCCCUCCCUCCCCCUCGACCCCCCCCGUCCCCUCCAGUUUGUUGUUGAAGCACCUGAAACACACCGCGUUCAUUUUCCGAGAAGAAAGAGAUCUAUUCCUGGAGAUUUGCAGUUUUCCCCAAAACACCCCAUUAUGCGAGCAAGGACGGCGAGGGGGUUGAUUUUGGGCUUUAUUUAUAAAUGGGUGGGUGGGGUGGGGGUGGGGGGUCGACGACAAGGAAGCACUGUGUUUGCCAGACAAUCCACCCGUUGUCAUUUCGCGCCGUCCGUCCACGAGCUGAACAGCAGUGCGACAUCGCUUGAACCAUGCAAUCGUGUGUGUGCGUGUGUGAAAUGGGGAUGGGGGGGGCUUUUUUGUGCAAAAAAAAAAAGACAAGAAACUAACUGCUGUUUAUCAACUGCAUCACUCUCUCUCUCUCUCUCACACACACACACACACACACACACACACACACACGUUAUGUGUUUCUUCCCCCGCCCCUGCUGACCUCAGCGGGCCGCCAGUCAGUGUUUCCAUUUUGUAUUUGAAUACUGUAUUUUUUAUUAUUUCUCUAAACUGCCUCUAUUCUAAUAUUAUUAACAAUAAUUAUAAGGACGGUCAGCUAUGUUUAGUAAGUUAUGUACAGUAUAAUUUAUUUUUCUUCUCUAUAUCGGGUUUCUAUGAUGUUAUUUUAGUCUGUAGGUAUUAGAUAAAAAUACCUCCCCCCCAGCCCACACACGUUUUUUUUUUUUGUGGUUUUUUUUGGGGGGGGGUUGUUCCCUUUUGAGUUUUUCCGACGUUUCGUAUUAAUCCUCCGCUCGGACAAGCUGAAGACAAGCCGUCGGAAAUUUUGAAAAGCACUCAGACUCUCCCGUCGGAGAAAAGAAAGAAAGAAAAAAAGAAGAACAUGAUAUUUUGUAUUGUUAUAAUUAUGAUUGCAUUUAUUUGUCAUCCUUAUUCUCAAUGUAUAAUGUGAAGAUUUUCGCCCCAAUGUUUACCAGCUCAGCCCCGGGGUACGCAGUGGAACAUCAUUGGCUGGAAUCCACACACACACACACACACACACACACACACACACAUUUAAGAGAUUAUUCAUGACAACCAAACAAGUCCUAUGCUGUCUUUAUUUUAUUUUUUUUACAUUUCGAUUAAAUCCUGUACAUAUAUUUUGUGAAAGUAUUUUGUUUCAAUCAUAGGAAAGCAGUGUUUACCCCACCAAUGGUGUUCUGCUGUGUGCGUAUGGCAACUCCAACAGGAGCCUCGAUUCUUUUUUGGUUGUUGUUUUUUUUUUUUUGGAGCUCCACAGAGCCAUGACUUCUCAUGACUUGACUUUGCUGUACAGCUAUUAUCACGCCACGAUGCUGGAGAGAGGAGAGGAAGGCGAGAGGGGAGGGGCAUGAGGACGUCAAUCAUCCCUGCUGGCAAGGUCGGGCCCCCCCUCCGUUUUGAGACAAUGAAGAAGGCGAUCGUAUUAUUUAAGACAAUCAAAGUAGAGUGGAGCUCAAAACAAAGUUUGAAUUCUCAAGACGACAGACACACACAAAAAAUAUCUGACCAUCUCAACUUGAAAAAUCAAGAAAGAUAAUUAUGUAAAUAUAACAUAGAGUUAUAGAUUUAUAUUUUGUUCAUAACACAGUGUAAUAUAAAUUGUACAUUUGGGUUUUUUCCCCUCUUCUCUCUCUUCCUCUGUCUCUUUUAUUGAUGUUUAUCCAUGCCACAGGAGUCGCAGUACUCUUACACACAAGACGAAAAAUUGAGGGGGGGAAAAAAAAGAGAAAAAAAAGCCAUGGGCUACCACCACCAUCUGUUCUAAGUUCACUUUUUUUCAGUAUUACUGCCAGACAAGGCUCUAAUAAAGACAGCAAUGUGUUCGGUAAAA